AGGUUUGUUGUACGCAUCUGGCUAUACAUGCUCUAUAGAACAAUGCAUACUGUCUUACAGUCUUCUGGGAGUAGUGGAUUAAAUUUAUGCAUUUUUUACACCAUCCUGAAGGGAUUUCCAAUGGCUGGCAAGGCUGUAUGGCAUCCAAGCCAUCCAUUAUUUUUUUUUAAAUAAAAUCUACAUUUUAAGCCUAUAAUUCUAUCCAAUCAAAAUAAUUAUUUUUAAACAAUUUGAACCAUUUUUAUUUUGGCAAAAACGGUUCCACCGAAAUACAAAAAAUUCUAUAACCCGACAAUGUCCAUAUUAAGAUUAACCAAAAAAAUUGAGCUUUGAACGUCCGAAAAACUCUAUGGGUGUGUAGUAACACUAAAGCAGGUACGCAUGCAACAAGUCCAUAAUAUUGCUGAAUUGGGGUCACCUAUCAGUCACCUUUUUCGAAAGUUUAAGAGGACCGAUCAAGAAAGGCAACUCCGGAAAACUUCCUCUGCAUUAAACUUGUCUCAGCUUUAUCAGCGAGUUACAAAAGAUCACAUUGCCUAUUUUACAAUGCAAUGCAAGAUACGUACAGCCUCUUCAACAACAUUUGUCUCUGGCUAUUCAACUUCAUCCACAUUUGUUUCUUCAUCUACUGCAAACACCGUCGAUAAAAAAGUGCCAGCCCGUAAGAAAUUAUCAAAUCGAUUAUCUAUGGUCUUUUUUUCAAAUACCCAACCCGAAUUCAACAUGCCUUGUCAUCAUGACGAAGCUGAUCCUGAGCAGGACAAAAGAAACCAAUCCGAGAUGAUUCGAAUUAUUAGAAUGGUUUGUGACAUACUUGGUAUCACCUAUUAUCAAACUUCGUGUACGCAACUGGUAGGACUUUUAGCUCUCAAAAAUAGCAAACGACCCGUUCCACCACCACCACCAUCUUCGACUCAGCCUCCUCCUCCUCAAUCACAUUCAUUAUUUCGAUCCAAAAUAUUUAAUUCAAAUGAUAGACUCUCUGACUUGAAUCGCAAACACGCUUCGUUAAUCAGCAAUCAAUCAAAUUAUAGCGCGUCAAAUACAGGAUGGUGGUCAAGACAAGUACAUCGUUUAUCGGCGCAAUUCACCUUUUCAAAUAUGGAUAAUAGCACACAAUUAUUUAGCGCCUCUUCUCACGCUAUUUCAAGUAGCCAUGACUUGUUAAAUUUAGGAAGGAUAGAACAAGAGCAACAGAUUCUUCAACAAAGCGAAAACGAUGAACAGGAAGAAGAUGACUCUUCUUCUGAUGGAUUUUCAACAUUCUCCAUUGAUAUAUCGUCUAUUGCCUCAUCAAAAUUUAAUGACGAUGGAUCACCUGUACAGAUUGUGUCACUUCGUUAUUCGAAAAUUAAAGGUUCAACUAAAGUGUUUAAAUUAGCCAAAGGUUGGAUCCAGAAACUCUUAUCACAAAACAAUGAAUAUAAACAAAACUUAAUGACACGAUCCGAAGCUGAAGCCUAUAUUAAAUCUGUUGAUCUUCAACAAUUUGAAACACAAGAAAACGAUGUUAUUAGGCUUUAAUAGCGCUCUUCCCACCCUCCCCCCCCCAUCAGCAUCUUUUUCUUUGUAAGUACUAUUUACAUAUACAUAUAUCUACAUCAUCUGUCCCAGACCAUUCCCU